AUGACUGUACAUCAAACAAUUCAACUUGGGACAUCUGAAGCUACUCCCGUGGCAUACUACACCGAGUAUGCAGCCCUUCCACCUCAUUGCGAUUUAUAUCCAGCUGUAGCCCGACAGUUAAUUAACGGCUUCGAACGAGAACCUCCAUGCAUUGCCCUGGCACGCAGCAAAAAGAAGCAGCACAGCUUUUAUUUACCAGAGUCUCUAAGUGAUGAAUCUUCUGUUAAGAGACGAUCAAAUCAGGAACAGUUCUCCUGGGACCUUUAUCCUGCUAUUCUACGUCGAGUUGAAAAUUUUGGUUCAGAAGAAAUGAGAGAAAGGCUCCGUAAAAUGCGAAAUACAGUGGCAACAGUCUAUUGA